UUGCUACGCAGAAUGGUCAGCCGUUCUAGAAACCUGGUACAAUAUAGCUUGAUCGAAAGUCCUACUCUUACUCUCGCAUUGCAAUCAAACUCACUGCCACGAAAAAUACCUCGAACAACACUCAACCACAUUACCGACCCGCGACCAUCAUGCCUCUCGUAGUUCCAGGCCUCCAGUCGACUGAUGGCGAUAAGACCUCUCAGUGGAUGAACAAGCUCGUCGGAAAGAAGAUUGGUGACACUUCAAAUGAGACAACAUUCGCGAAGACCGACCUCCCUGAACAGCAUCGCAUCGUCAAGUCAGGCGACAUGAUGACCAUGGACCACAACCCCAACAGGCUGAACGUGCACACCAAGGACGAUGGUACCGUGGAGAAAGUCACACAUGGUUGAGAGGUUCAUGAAGGAGCACUUGGGUUUUCUGGCUGGUGCCGCGCAACGUCAGUGGACCUGUGGCAAUUCUGACAGAGGAGGUCCGACAUGCAGAAAUCCAGUAGUUGAAUGAACGCUCCGUGGCCCA